CUAAUAUUUUAGAUAUUUUUAAAUUUAACAGUAUUUCAAUGCUGAAAAGAAGUAAACGCACAAGACAAUUACUAGAAGCUAUUAGAAAACAUUGGAAGCAAGCAAAAAAUUCUGAUAAGGAAUUAGAAUCUGAACCAGUUGAAGAAUUAAAAUCUAGGAUAGUUGCAGAAUUAGAGCCUAAACCUGUCGAGUAUGAGGAAGUUGUUAGCGAGAUGCAAAUAGAAAACCCUGAUGAGUUAUUAGAUGCUAAACCUGAUGAAUGUGAUGAAUGUUUUAGUACUUUUUUAAUAAAUGUUGAAGUUCCUAAGUCAUAUAUAGAAAAUUAUGAUUUUACAUUUGAUGACACAUACAAUAGUAGCGAUAAUGAUAAUAGUAAAUUUACAUUAAGAUCUUUAGAUUUUUUGUUAAAAAAUAAAAGCGAUGAUUUGUGGCUUAAAACGGUGAGUCAAUAUCUCCAUUUGGUUCAGAAUCAGGGAUUUAGCAAGAUGGAUGCAACUACUUAUGAAGGUGAAAAUUUGGAUCAGAUUAUUCCAUCUUUACUUUUAUCUGAGAUUGUUCCUAUUACCCAGGAUGAGUUGUUAUUUUAUACCAAGAACAAAGAUGAAAGCCAACUUCGUCAAAAGUUGCAAGAUCUUAGUAUCCAUGUAAGCGACUUUAUUUGUGAAUCUAUCGGAUGUCUUCAACUUUCAGAGGAAGAGUGUGCUAUUAAUAAUUCGUUACUUAAUAAUGAGCAGCUUAUAUAUACUGAAGCCUGUGUUGUCAUGCAUUCUGGUACAAAUCAUAAUGGCUGGUGGACAAGUAAAGAUCUCAUUAAGCAGAUAAGUGAAUGUGCAAUUCUAAUAUUUGAACAAACUCACUUAGGAAAAGUUGCUUUGUUUUUGUUUGAUAAUAGUUGCAACUACAAUGCAUUUGCUGAUAAUGCAUUAGUAGUUACAAGAAUAAACAUGAAGGAUGGUAGUAAACAACCUCUUCUCCGUAAUGGUCAAAAACCUGAUGGCUCGACACAUAUCAUGAUGUUCACAGAUAUCGAUGGUGUAGUAAAACCCAAAGGUAUUUGA